AUGACCUCUUCCUUGUUGCAAAAUCCAAUCCUCCUUCUGGAUGGCGGGUUGGGCACCACGCUUGAAGAUGAGCAAGGUAUAAGAUUUUCGUCUGCAACACCUUUAUGGUCAUCCCAUCUGCUCAUCGACAACGUUGAGAUUCUCAGGGCGGUCCAGCGUGAAUUUGCAAAUGCUGGGGCUGAGAUUAUUCUUACUGCCACCUAUCAAGCCAGUUUCUACGGCUUCCAGAAUACUCGGGUUAUCCACGAACAUGGCAUUGGUCGAGAAGAGGCGAGGAGAUACAUGCUCUCCGCGGUUAGAAUUGCACGAGAAGCGUUUAAUGGGCGACCAGGCUUGGUAGCUCUGAGCUUGGGUGCGUACGGUGCUACCAUGGUUCCUAGUACUGAAUACACCGGAAAAUACGGGGACAUGACCGAAGACGAUCUUCUCAACUUCCACCUCGAAAGGAUCUUAUGUUUUGUGCAUAGCGAAGAAUGGAGCGAUAUUAAUCUGAUCGCAAUUGAGACAUUGCCGAGGAUCGAUGAAGUCAGAGCGGCGAGAAGGAUAAUGCAAAGAGUGGACGACAAAGAAUAUUGGAUCUCCUGCGUCUUCCCAGAUAGUGACGAGAAAUUACCAGACGGGACAGGCGUCGAGGAGUUGGUCAAGACCAUGCUGGCAGGAGAUCGAACGCCGUACGCAAUCGGCAUCAACUGUACCAAGAUCUCCAAGAUUGAGAACUUGAUCAAGAGAUUCGAAUAUGCCGCAAAUGCGCAUGCUCUAGAGCUUCCACGGCUGAUCAUCUACCCCGAUGGCGCUGGUGGUAAAAUGUACGAUACUGGGUUACAGCAAUGGGUGGGCGACGACAAAGGUCAAUUGCCGUGGGAUCAGCAAGUAUAUGGGAUCAUAACAGAGGUUAAAGAGAGGAAUCAAUGGAAAGGAAUCAUCGUUGGUGGAUGCUGCAAGACCACCCCUGGUGAUAUCCGGAAGUUGUCUACAAGACUGCGGGAAUUGAGAUAG